AUGACCACUGAUUCAAGUUGCGAGGACUCGGAGGUGCUCAGAGCAUCUUCUGAGUUGUCGUUGCCUCUUGAAACCACCACCGCUCAAGAAGAGGCUUCGCAGGCAUUCUUGGCCUCUUGGGACCCGGUGCUGGCUCAUGCCGUGUCAACCCUUGCGGGACAACUAAGUAUUGCUCGAGUUCGCGAAAAGAUUGACACGCAUCUAGGCCUUCUUGACCUCGAAGAGCUCAAGGCCAGAGCCUUCCACGUAAAAUCUGUUCCUGUCACUGCCCUUCAUCUCCUUGCCGUCGGCGGGAGCAACUUGAUUUUUCUGCUUGUGCUCUUGGACAACACUGACUUUCUCGCCCGCAUUCGGAGACCUUCGUCGUGGAUCCUUCCCGAACAAGUUACCGCAGAAUUUCUGUCCGAAAUUGCAACGAUGCGAUUUAUCGCGGCCCAUACAACUAUCCCUGUGCCUGCGCUGCUGGGCUGGAACGAGUCUGCUGAACCAGUAGGCGCGCCGUACAUGUUCAUGGAGCGUGUUGCUGGAGUCCCCCUCGCGGUUGUCUCGCAUCUUUUUUCACGUGAAGCGUGGCUCCAGGUGGCAGCACAGACAGCAGAGUUCGAAGAACAACUUGUCAACCAUCCUCUCAAGGCUAUCGGCUCGAUCGUCGAUGUCGACGGAACUGUCGGGCCGCCCCUUCCUCAUCAACUCCGUGUUCCACCGUGCGAGGCAGCCUUGUCAUCGUCGAGAGACUAUCUCAUGGCACGGUUGCGUGAAGCCCAAUCACACAUUCCUGAUGACGUCGCCUGGCGCGAAGGGCGGGAGUACUACCCCGACCGCGAGGCGGAUACACUCACAAGGGACGACCUGCAUCGAGCCCUUUCUCGAAUCCACGACCACUGCGCGACCCUGACCGCCACACCUGAUGUCUUCCGGCUCACGCACGCUGAUUGGCACUCUCUCAAUGUCCUUGUCCGCUCUGCCGAAGACCCGACGAUCGUUGCGGUCGUUGAUUGGCAGGGCGCGCAGGUGCGGCCAUAUUGGGACGAGCGGUACCACCUUUUUGUCACGACCUUGUUCCAAGGCUUCAGCGAGGAUGGCGUUGCGGUACCUGAAGAUGAAGUUAUCGAGCAUUAUAUGGCGCGGAUGGAGAACGAGCCCUGGCCCGAGUCGGACUUCUGGCUCGAUGCGCGGGUUAUCGUUGACAGCGACCCCACGGGAGUUACACGAGAGGAGGUGGAGCGCGUGCUAGAGUAUUGUGUGGCGUCGUCGUGA